AUGGAACUUGGAAGGAGGAAUACCAAGAAAUACACUUUCAAAUGUCCUGACUUAACAGAGUUGAAGAAGCUUGGUUCUAUGGUAGUUAGUCCAGAGGAUUUCAGAGCUCAGUAUGGAAGACUUAUGGGUAUCUUGAAGACCAAGGUUGAAGAUGGAGUUCUUAACACACUGGUACAGUUUUAUGAUCCACUAUACCAUUGCUUCACAUUUCCACACUACCAGCUUAUGCCUACUCUAGAAGAAUACUCUUAUUGGUUUGGCUUGCCAGUCUCUGACAAAUUACCAUUCAGUGGUUCAGAGAAGACCCCUACAUCAACAGCUAUUGCAGAAGCACUUCACCUAGAAACGUCUGUUGUGAAGGACAACUUCACUAAAAAAGGAGGGAUUCUAGGUCUAACCUCUAGAUUCCUGUUGGAGAAAGCCUUUAUCUUUGCAGAAGCAAAUAGUAGAGAUGCCUUUGAAGCCAUUUUUUCUCUACUCAUUUAUGGAAUUGUACUCUUCCCAAACAUUGAUGACUUUGUGGAUGUUAAUGCUGUACGAAUCUUCUUAAUUGGUAACCCAAUACCCACAUUACUUGGAGAUACCUACCAUUCUAUCCAUCACAGGACUAAGAAAGGUGGUGGAACCAUUCUUUGUUGUGUGCCUCUCCUAUAUAAGUGGUUUAUUUCUCACUUUCCCAGAUCCAGGCUCUUCAGGGAGAAUCCACAGAAGCUCAGAUGGUCUCAGAGGUUCAUGUCCAUUGAUCAAGGGAGUAUACAUUGGUAUAACCCCUCCUAUGAUAUUGGAGUAAUUAUUGACAGCUAUGGUUUCUUUUACCUCAAUGACAAAGAGAGUUCCGGUUUGAAGGAUAAAAUCAUACAUUCUUGGUGCAACAUUCACAGAAAAGGAAAAGACCGAUUAGGAAGAAAGAAUUGUGUUGCUUUUGAGCCCUACACCCAAUGGGUUUGUGCUAGAGCCAGUGAACUUAAGAUGCCAUAUGCUCUUGAGAAGCCCUCAUUCCCUUACGUUAUAACAUCAUCAUCCACCAUUCCUAUUUGGAAUAGGGAAGAGUUUGAAUAA